AUGGCUGAACUCAGUGGCAGCAGCAGCAGCCCGUUCCCGGAGGUGUUGGAGCUCAAUGUUGGCGGGCAGGUCUAUGUCACCAAACACGACACCUUGCUGAGCGUCUCCGACUCGCUGCUCGCCGAACUCUUCUCCAGGAAGCAAACUCGGGUGCUGCCCCGGGACAACAGGGGACGCUACUUCCUGGACCGGGACGGGUUCCUGUUCAGGUACAUCCUGGAUUACCUGCGGGACAGGAGGCUGGUGCUGCCCGAGCACUUCCCGGAGAAGGAGAGGCUGCUCCGGGAAGCCGAGCACUUCCAGCUGGCCGAGCUGGUCAGCUUGCUGACAGCGCGGCUCCCCCAGCACGGCUCUGCGGCCGAGGACGCCUGUCCCAGCGAUGUGGAGGAGAGCUCCCAGAGCAGCGAGCUCUUGGCCAAGGGAGCCGCCGGCCCGGCGGGCAGGGGCUCCGGCUUCAUCACGCUCGGUUACCGAGGCUCCUACACCCUGGUCAGGGACAACCAGGCGGACGCCAAGUUCCGCAGGGUGGCCAGGAUCAUGGUGUGCGGCAGGAUCGCCCUGACGAAGGAGGUUUUCGGGGACACCCUGAACGAGAGCCGGGACCCGGACCGACCUCCGGAGAAGUACACGUCCCGUUUCUACCUGAAGUUCACUUACCUGGAGCAAGCGUUUGACCGCCUCUCCGAGGCUGGCUUUCAUAUGGUGGCGUGUAACUCCACCGGCACCGCCACCUUCAUCAACCAGUACCGAGACGACAAAACGUGGAGCAGCUACACCGAGUACAUCUUCUUCCGGGGACAGCAAAGACCAGCCUCGCCAAAGUCGGAAUGUGAUGGGAGGAAACACGACAAGGGAGAGAAAGGAAUGGAAAGUGGCACGUCUUGUAAUGAGCUCUCCAGCUCCAGUUGUGAAAGCCAGUCAGAAGCCAGCACUCCUCAGCAGGGGAAUGUUGACGCACAGCCCGCCCCACCUCAGCCUAAUACCCUGACUCUGGAUCGCCCUUCCAAGAAAACCCCUGUCCAAUGGAUGCAGCAGCCUGACAAACGGAGGAACAGUGAACUCUUUCAGACACUGAUGAACAAUUCCCGUGACUCAAGCCUCUGCAAAAAGAAAAUCAGCGAAAAGCUAAGCGUCGAGGAAGAAAUGAAAAAAUGCAUCCAAGAUUUUAGGAAGAUCAAAAUACCUGUGCAAUUUCCAGAACGCAAGCGCCCAUGGCAGUCUGAACUAUUACAGAAAUACGGACUCUAA